ACAAGAUGGCUGUUAAGAAGUCAGGCAGAGCCCAGGCGAGGGAAGAGGGGCUGGAGCGGACGGACAACAACAUGGAUCUCACGACGUGGCCGCAAGUUGGCAUGAUCAACCAGAAAAACUAUUAUACCGAGUUCCUGAAAAGAGACGAGCAGUUUCUUGCAGUGCGAUAUCCAAAAGAUGAGGAGAGAGCCCGCAUAGUGCAGGAAGCGCGGGACAAGGAUCGCGCACGCGCGCUGGGUGUGCCAGCAGCGGAAGGAGCGACACCACAAGCUGCAGACGAGACAAUGGAAGAUGCCGAGGCCUCAUUUGCAUCGAGGACUGACAUCUCAAAGCUCAUUGUAAUACACCCUGGCAGUCAGAAUCUGAGGAUAGGGCUUGGAUCAGAUGCGUUGCCCAAGACUGUGCCCAUGGUCAUUGCGCGGAAAUGGAAAGAGAGCGAAGACGAGGAGGAGGGUGGAGAACCCUGUCCUAAGAGGAUCAAGGUCGAUGCAUCUGAGUCCACGGAUGCGCAACCAGAGAAGUGGUUUGGAGAAGACUUCGCCGAUCAGUACAUGACCAUGUCGACUGAACUCAGGACGCGCAUGCGCGCUAACAAGCGACGAGUACUUCCCAAUUCGAAGGACCUAGUCCAAAACUACAACAAAAAGUCACCCCCAGACAUCAUCUCGGAGCACAACGACAUCAACCGCAUUGAGUGGACAGAGAUACCAGAAGACCCAACCAAGGCUCCGGAUUUCUUCACUGGAAACGAGGCACUACGAAUUCCAGAGAAGUCGAACCCAAGAUACAAGCUGUUCUGGCCCAUACGGAAUGGCACGUUUAACGAGAAAGACUACCGCGAUCGCAAUCAAAUCUACCACGACAUUUCCAAGAUAUUCGAAGAAGCCUUCCGGAGCCAGCUGGGGAUUACAAAGCUUAAGGAUCUUGUUAACUACAAGUGUGUGUUCAUUAUCCCAGAUCUCUACGAACGACAGUAUGUAACCAUGAUUCUCGAUAUCCUAAUGCGAGACCUUGGCCUUGGAAAGGUCUGCCUGCAGCAAGAGUCUCUCUCGGCUACAUUCGGCGCGGGCUACGGUGUUGCAUGCGUCGUCGAUAUUGGUGCGCAGAAGACGUCGAUUUGCUGUGUGGAUGAAGGGCUGUGUGCUGAGGAGUCCCGCGUCAACUUGAAGAUGGGCGGUGCCGACGUAACGGAGACGUUCAUCAAGAUGAUGCUGUACGGCCAUUUCCCGUAUGCGGAUAUGAAUCUGAAGCGGAGGUAUGACUGGCUGCUUGCUGAAGAGCUAAAGCAAAAGUUCUGUUCCAUGGAUGAGGGUGCUGUCACGGUGCAGACUUGGGACUUUCAUCUCCGAGCUUGGAACCAGGACACACGCAAGUAUACGUUCAAGACAUACGAUGAGACUAUGCUCUCGGUAAUGGGUUUCUUCAAACCAUCAAUAUUCGACAACUCUCGGAAACUCGAGAACCGACGAAAAGUGGUGCCUCGUUCUGUAGAUCUAUACGACGGGUCGCCAAACGACCCCAUGUCCCAGGCACAAAUUGCCGUUAUUGAAGCGGCAGCAGGCAAACCCGUCGUGCCAAUCAGCAACGGGGCACCGGAAGCAGUAAACACCACCGCUCCCGUAUCAACACCCCAACGGCCGCAAGCCAACGCCCUGAGUCUGCUCAGCCGGCUAAAUGAAGGCGAAAACACGCCGCGGUCCUCCGUGGCAGGCUCCCCCGGCCCUGAAGGCGCCAACACACCCAAUCCCGACCGCGACACGCCCAUGGGCGAGGGCGACGGUCCCCCGUUACUCGUCCGCGACCCUAUUGACGAGAAGACCAAAGUAGCCGAAGCCCGCGAGGCCAUCCUGCCCAUCCAAGCCCUCGACCAGGCCAUCCUCGAGUCGCUCGCCCAUGGCGCCCGCGGCGACGACCGCAAACUACGCGACUUUUUCGGUGGCAUCAUGCUCGUCGGCGGUGCCUCAAAGACGCCCGGCUUACGCGAGUUUCUGGAAAUGCGGCUCCGCGAGCUGCGCCCGGGGUACGGCAAGGAGAUUCUUGUGGGGCCGCCGCCGCGCGACUUUGAUCCGCAGGUGGUGGUUUGGAAGGGGGGAAGCGUGUUUGGGCGGUUGAGUAGUCAUGGGAAUGACGGGUGGAUUAGUCGGUAUGAGUAUGAUAUGCUUGGUGCAAGGUUGUUGAAUACAAAAUGUAUGUUUGCGUGGUGAAGGGCAGAGGGGGAGAGUGCCAAUGUGCAAAGGGAUUAGUUACAUAUUAUCUGAUUAUUAUUAUUAUUAUUAUUAUUUUUCCCAAGUAGAUGAGGGGGGGGGAAGAUGGUAUCAUUGUG